CAUACAUAAACCCCGCCUAUUCCCAAAAGGGGAUUUUAACCCUAAAUUGAGCCACACUGCUAACCGUAUGCCCAAUACUAACCUAAAAUUAAGACAAAAAGCAACAACAUGUGAUAUAGCCCAUUUUUACUCUGUGGCUGUGAUAACUAGUGACAACCAGUACCCAGCGAGAACCUGGAGCAUCUCAAGAUGGCGGCUGAGCGGAGGAUGAGGAUGACAUCGGGUCGGGGUUGUGUGACUGUGUUUCUGGCCGUGUUGUGCACCUUCUCCGCCGGGACCUGCGACGAACAGGUGCCGCUGAUGCUAUGGACGAGUGAAGGGUCUAGUCUGCCGUCCCAAGCGUGUCCUGCUGCUGGUCACAUAGUGGGUAUCAGUCAGCUGAGCUCAUACCUGGAGACCGCCCUGGGGUCCGCCCGCGGAACGUACUGCUCUUCCUGCAGGACAAGAUGAGCAUUGAGGACUUCACCAUGUACGGAGGGGCGUUUGGCAACAAGCAGGACAGUGCCUUCCCUAACCUCGAGGAGGCGCUCCUCUCCAGCCCUUCCCCAUUGGUCCUGCCUGCCGUGGCCUGGCCAGCAUCCAGUGCUGUGAUCGGUCAGCUCCAGGACCAAUUAGACACCUCUCCUCUCUUCAUGGAACCAGAGACACUCAGCCAGCUACGACUCAACAUUUCUACCCCCGCCCUGCUGGUCUUCAGACUACCCUACAGCACCGGGUCUGAUCUGAUGUCUGCUAAGGAGGUUCUCAAUGGGAAUGAUGAGGUGAUUGGACAGGUGAUGAGCAUUAUGAAGAGCCAGUCUGUCCCCUACACUGCCAUCUACACUGCAAUGAGACCCUCACGGGAGGUGUCAUUGUCUCUGGAUAUGAAGGCUAGUGUGGGAGGAGGGCGCUCCCUAUUGCAGUACGGAGACAGAAAGAGGGAGAGGGACAGACAGCGGGAGAGAGAAAGAGGAGAGAACCAAGUCAAGGAGAAGACAGGAGUCUACCCUCCAGUUGAGUUUAAGGAGGGCGGAGCCGGCUGUUAUCAUGCUGUAGGCGGAGGAACCUGGACCGUGAGCGUGCUCCGUGUGGUCGCUGGGAACGACCGACCUUCACCUCUCUGA